AUGGGCAAGACUUGGGCCGGCACGUUGCGCGAUCUUCUGACGGCCGGGCGGUUCAAGUUCCACCUCAAGUACGACGACAUCAACUCGUACUCGCUUCGCUUCCAGAACAUCUGUCGGCUCAUCCAGGAGUCAGAGCUGCCGGACGCGGCGACGUUCACGGACAGCGACACGACGCGUCGCAAGUAUGUCGAAGGUCUGCCGCACAGGUACAUUCAGACGGUGAUCAACUGUCGUGCCGAGACGCUCGACAGGCUUGUCGAGAACUGCAUCGAGGCCAUCGCCCACCUUCCCCCGGACCUGUACAUCACGCCAGGCUCCAUCGCAGCGCAGCAGGCCUUCAAUGAGCAGCAGCGCUUCAUGGUGGGUCGCUCUCGGCAGGACCUCCCGCAAGAUGCGACUGGUGGCAGUGACAAAGCAACUAGUGGAGCGGGGAAGGCAAGCACGACUCGCAACGGCAGUGGCAACAACAACAAGGACAACGGCAAGAACAAGAGGCGCAACCUGAGCGACAUCAAGUGCUUCAGAUGCGAUGAGUACGGGCACUAUGCCAGCGACUGCACGGCUCCGCCCAAGAAGAAACAGGACACGGCGGGCGGCGAGCACGACACAAGGCGCGGGUUCGGCGUGCGCGCGAUGUUCCGAGGUGGGGACGACACGAACGCCAGGACGAACGACGACGACAACAAUGUGCGAGACUUCAACGCUAUAGAUCGGUAG